AUGACAGCUGUAGACUCUGCUGUCAAUGCACCAACGGUAGUUGUUGUGUUUCACCAACAUAAUGCUUCAAAAGACGACAUUGUGGAGUCAGGAGAAAAAGCGUUGGUCCUUUUAUAUGGUGGCAAGUCCGAUGAAACAUUGGAUUCACUCAGAAUGGGAAAAUUCUUUCAGAAAGUUGCUACAAGCGUUACAUGUGUAGGGCCUGAGAAUAUUCCACCAGCAUAUGCAGCUGAAUCCUAUUGUGGCUAUGUCUUAUUAGUAAUGGCACUUUAUUGGGUUUUCGAAUGCAUGCCUAUAUCAGUUACUUCUCUGAUACCACUGGCCCUAUUCCCCGUGUUUGGCAUUAUGGAUGGUGGCGCUACAGCUUCGAUGUAUUUCAAGGACACCAGCGCUCUGUUACUUGGAGGUAUAAUGAUGGCUAUUGCAAUUGAAAACUGGAAUCUUCAUCGGCGAAUAGCGUUAGGCGUGUUGAUGAUUUCAGGUACAAAACCAAGAUGGUUGUUGUUAGGGUUCAUGUUGGUCACAUGGUUUUUAUCAAUGUGGAUCAGUAACUCAGCGACUACGUCAAUGAUGCUUCCCAUCGCCCAGGCUGUAUUGGUUCGAUUGUCUGAAAUAAAAGAAGAGAAUAAAGAAAAGUUACGAGAGCUCGAAUCGCAUCAUAUUGAUAUAGACUUAUCUGAUGAAGAUAAUGGAGCGGUUGCUUAUGUUGUAGAUAACGGAACUAUGGAUACAAAACCCGGCAAUGAUAGCUUACACAAAGACGUCACAGUGACGGAAAACAGAAAUGAAGUCAAAGAGACGGAUAAUGCGGACGACUUCUCAAUUUCAGAAGAGUACAAAUUAAUGGGUAAAGCUCUUAUGUUGGCAAUAUGUUAUUCAUCAAGUAUCGGCGGAACAUGCACACUGAUAGGAACACCACCAAACCUUAUAUUAUUGGGUCAACUUGACGAUCCUUGUAGAGAGAGUGGAUGUAGGUCUUGUUCAUGUAGCUGUGAAACUAGCGAAGAGGAAACCAUUAUCAAAAAUGUGUUGAAGAAUGAAUACGAAAAACUUGGUGCCUGGAGUUGGGCUGAACUGAGUGUAUUGACGAUGUUUGUUGCUCUGUGUCUAUUUUGGAUAUCCAGAGACAUUGGUGGAUACGGAUGGUGCAUGUUAUUCCCAGAAGACUACAUCACGGAUGCCACUCCUGCAAUCUUCAUGUCCAUAGUUCUAUUUUGUUUUCCGUCAGAGUUCCCAAAUUUUUACUUCUUACGAACCAAAGAAGAUUCCCCUCCUUCAAAACCAAGAACAAGUCUUUUAAACUGGCAGGUCGUAAAUAAGAAGAUGCCAUGGAGUCUCUUUUUGUUAUUGGGUGGCGGUUUUGCACUUGCAGAAGGAAUGGAAAUGUCCGGACUAUCACAGUGGAUUGGCGACUUGCUGACGGCACUCGAUGGACUUUCAGAUUGGGUAAUUGUCCUUAUAUGUGGAGCUGUGGCCUGUUUUUUCACAGAGAUCACGAGUAACACUGCUGUGGCCACCAUUCUUAUACCUAUCUUGAUAUCAUUGGCCGAGACAACGUGUAUUAACCCACUAUAUAUUACAGUGCCGUGCACAAUAUUGGUGUCGUAUGCAUUCAUGUUGCCUGUGGCAACCGCUCCAAAUGCAAUGGUGUUUUCUAAUGGAUUACUGACUAUACCGGAUAUGGCAUUGACUGGUUUCUUUUUGAGUGUGUUUGGCAUCAUAUGGAUUACUUUUUGGGUCAACUCUUGGGGUAACUUGUUUGAAGAUAUUGACACAUAUCCUGAAUGGGCGAUGUUGGAUAACACAACAUGCGUCGACUCGGAAUCCUAUUGUGGCUAUGUCUUAUUAGUAAUGGCACUUUAUUGGGUUUUUGAAUGCAUGCCCAUGGCCGUUACUUCUCUGUUACCACUAGCCCUAUUCCCCUUGUUUGGUAUCCUGGAUGGUGGCGCCACGGCUGCAAAGUAUUUCAAGGACACCAGCGCUCUGUUACUUGGAGGUAUAAUGAUGGCUAUUGCCAUUGAACACUGGAAUCUUCAUCGACGAAUAGCGUUAGGCGUGUUGAUGGUUUCGGGUACAAAACCCAGAUGGUUAUUAUUGGGGUUCAUGUUGGUCACAUGGUUUUUAUCAAUGUGGAUCAGUAACUCAGCGACUACGUCAAUGAUGCUUCCCAUCGCCCAGGCUGUAUUGAUUCGAUUAUCUGAGCUAAAAAAGGAAAAGAGCCAAAAUGGGCGACAGGUCAAAUCCAAUCAUAUUGAUAUAGACAUACCAUGUGAAAAUGGAGCUGUAACCUAUGUCGUAGACUAUGGAACUAUGAAUACAACACUAAACGAUAAAGUACACACAGAAGUCACAGUGAUGGGAAAAAAUGAAGUCAAAGAGACGGAUAAUGCGGACGACACCCCAGUUUCAGAAGAGUACAUAUCAAUGGGUAAAGCUCUUAUGUUGGCAAUAUGUUAUUCGUCAAGUAUCGGCGGAACAUGUACACUCAUAGGAACGCCUGGUAACCUUGUAUUGGUGGGCCAACUAGACGAUCGUUACCCUGACCAUCCUCUAAAUUUUAUAAAUUGGUUCGUCUUCAGUUUUCCUUCUGCUCUUGUAUUUAUAUUCCUUGCAUGGUUGUGGCUGCUUGCAGUUUUCCUGAGAUCAAAUUGGGCUGAACUAAGUGUAUUGACGAUGUUUGUAACUCUGUGUCUACUAUGGAUAUCAAGAGACAUUGGUGGAUACGGAUGGUGCAUGUUAUUCCCAGAAGAAUACGUCACUGAUGCCACCCCUGCAAUUGUCAUAUCCAUAAUCCUGUUUUGUUAUCCGUCAGACUUUCCAAAUUUUUACUUUUUUCGAACUAAAGAAGACUCUCCUCCUUCCAAGCCAAGAACAAGUCUUUUAAACUGGCAGAUCGUAAAUAAGAAAAUGCCAUGGAGUCUAUUCUUAUUAAUGGGUGGCGGUUUUGCACUUGCAGAAGGAAUGGAGGUGUCCGGACUAUCACAGUGGAUUGGCGACUUGCUGACGGCACUCGAUGGACUUUCAGAUUGGGUAAUUGUACUUAUAUGUGGAGCUGUGGCUUGUUACUUCACGGAGAUUACGUGUAGCACUGCUGUUACCACCAUUCUUGCACCUAUUUUGAUAUCGUUGGCUGAGACAACGUGUAUUAACCCACUAUAUCUAACAGUGCCGUGUACAAUAUUGAUAUCGUAUGCAUUCAUGUUACCUGCGGCAUGCGUUCCAAAUGCAAUGGUGUUUUCUAAUGGAUUACUGACUAUACCGGAUAUGGCAGUAACUGGUUUCUUUCUGAGUAUGUAUGGCAUUAUAUGGAUUAAUUUAUGGGUCAACUCCUGGGGCAACUUGUUGUUUGACGAUUUGUAUACAUAUCCUGAAUGGGCUAUGUCGGAUAACACAACAUGCGUUGACUCGGCAAUUUAA